AUGAUUUCUUUAAUCACUGAGGUUGAGGGUUCUUCGUGCAGGAGUCCUGGCGGGGAAGGCGAUGAGAAGGAUGGGAAGGAUGCUCUGCCGGUGGUCGGUGACGAGUUAGCUUUCCACCAAUACGCUAACUUGGGGUUCAUCUACACCGCCGGCGGCACCGUGAACGCUGUGAACAAUCACGGAUCGUCGCGGAUAUCCUGGGUUAUUUCCACAAACUCGUCGUCGUCUUCCUCACAACGGCGGAGAUUGCUGAAGUUGAGACCUGCUGCUCAUCAUUUAUUUGUUAAUCGGGACAAAGAACUUAGCACAAGGCAGAUUUGGGAGGCCAUUCGCCCUGAGGCACCAAAGGUUGUGUGGCAUCAUCUAGUUUGGUUUGUUGGACGUAUCCCUAAGUACUGUAUUAUUCUUUGGAUGGUAAUCCUGGAUAGACUUCCUACCAGGAUUAGGCUGUUGCGAAUGGGAUUUGCCAUAGAUAAUGAUAAGUGCUUGUUAUGUAACUUGGAGUCUGAGACACGGAACCACUUAUUCUUUGAGUGUGACUACGCGGGGAAUCUCUGGAAGGCCAUUCUGCAGCUCUGUGGUGUUAAUCGUCGAGCUUCUCACUGGGAUGGCGAGCUUGCUUGGGCCACUCACUGUUUUAAAGGCAAAUCCCUCAUCACGCGAGUGCUUAAACUUGCUUUGUCGAGCCAUGUGUACUGGAUAUGGAAGGAGAGAAAUGACAGGCUGUUUGGGGGAGUCCCUAGACCGUGGUCUACUAUCCUUGAGGAUGUAAAAGCUGUCGUACGAAUUAGGUUGCGUGGUUGCUCUAUCAACGUAGCAGAUCCGAGGAACGCUACUCUCUGCGCUAGCUGGAACAUUGCGUGA